AUGGAGACCUAUGAGCAGGAGUACCGUUUACUUGCAGCGGAUAUUGAAGAGAAAUUGAACGAUUUGGCAAGAACUGCUGACAAUACAGCGUCUCAGGCUUGUCAACGACUUUUAAAUGAAAUUGACGAAGUGAUUGGACAAAUAGAGAUUGAAGCCGGAAGUGUCCCCACUGCAGAGCGAGGUGCUUUGAAUGGCCGGACCAGAAGCUAUCGGACGAAAUUAGAAGAAUGGAGACAUGUUUUUAAAACUGAAAUGGCUAGUGCCAAUCGAAAAGCCCUCUUUGGACAGCGAGAUACUACAGCUGAUGAGUAUAAGGGUGUGGAUCAAGAUUAUGAUCAGAGAACUCGCUUGUUACAUGGAAAUAAUCGACUGGAAGAAGCAUCACAAAGGCUUCUCGAUUCACAGCGUGUUGCCAACGAAACAGAGGGUGUAGGAGCAAACAUUUUACGCGAUCUUCAUGGACAACGAAAUCAAUUGGAACAUUCUUUAGGAGUGUUAGGAGAUACAUCUGGACAUCUAGAUCGCAGCUUGAGAACGUUGAAAACUAUGGCGAGAAGACUUGCCAUGAACCGAUUCUUUACAACAGGCAUCAUUGCUAUUUUGGUCAUUCUUAUUCUUCUCAUUCUUUACAAUAAAUUUCGCUAA